ACUGGUUGCACAAGUUCAUGGAGUCCACGUUUCAGCCAAGUUGGAGCUGGAGAAUAUUUGAUUGUUUUUAUCAACCAGCAUUUCAUUGCAACCCCAUUUUAGGCUUUCCUGUCUUUAUCGCAAGCACAGUUUUCGCCCAACAGGUAGAAUGCCGUGUUGGUACUAUGAGAAAGAAGACCUGAUUAACACGCCUUCCAGCAGAGAUGGCAUCGAUGCAGCCACGGAGGCUAGAUAUCGCAAAGAAGGGGCUCGUUUUAUCAUCGAUGCUGGCACCCAGCUUGGACUGCGAUACGAUACCAUGGCAACUGGUGUGGUGUAUUUUCAUCGCUUUUACAUGUUCCAUUCCUUCAAGGACUUCCCAAGAUAUGUCACAGGGGCUGCCUGCUUGUUCCUGGCAGGGAAGGUAGAAGAGACACCCAAGAAGUGCAAAGACAUCAUCCGUGUGGCCAAGCAUAUGGUCCCAGAGCCUCACUUCAAUGCAUUUGGCGAUGACCCCAAGGAAGAGAUCAUGACCCACGAGCGUAUUCUUCUUCAGACCAUCAAGUUUGACCUUCAGGUGGACCAUCCUUACAGCUACCUCCUCAAGUAUGCCAAGACACUCAAAGGGGACAAGGCUAAGAUACAGCAGCUAGUGCAGAUGGCAUGGACAUUUGUCAAUGACAGCCUCUGCACAACACUGUGCUUGCAGUGGGAGCCUCACAUUGUGGGUGUGGCCUUCUUGUACCUGGCGGGCCGCCUCUCCAAGAGUGACCUCCUGGAAUCGUCCAGCAAGAACACAAAGGGCAAGUGGUGGGAGCAGCUAGCUGAUGAUGUGUCCCUGGACAUCAUGGAAGAUAUCUGUCACCUUCUACUGGAUCUUUAUUCUACCGGCAAAGAGGCAAAGCCAUCCGCCACGACUCCAACCAAAGCGGCAGUCAAACGGCCCAGACCGAAAACACCGCCUUCUGCUGGCUCCGAGGGUGGCAGCAAGACCUCAGAUGAAUCUCAUGUGCUCCACCAGCCGAUAUCUAAGUCAGACAAACCGAGGGAAGGCCACCCCCACUCCCAGUUACGGCCUCCACCCCCUCCCCCUCCAUCCUCAUCAGCCGGGGCUUCAUCUUCCAGCCACGGAAAAGUGGGAGGGACUGACCAGGUAGACAAGCCUCCUAGUGCCAAGAGCCAACCUCCGCCUCCGAAAAAAAUCAUGAAGGAGUCCGUCCCUGUGGCCACGCCUCAGCCAAAGGGUCAGACAGCCCCGCCUCCUGCCCAAGCUCCUCCCCCUCAUACAGCACCUCCUUCCAGUCAGCCCUACCAAGGGCCUGUGUCCUACGCAGAGACGGCCCCAACGUCGUCCUACAGCAUGCCGCCACCCCCUGUUAGUCAAGGCUAUCCCUCGACGGGUUACCCCCAGUCUGCCCCACCCAACACGGCAGCGAGCACUACCCAGCCAGCGUACAAUCAGGCAUCGUACCAGUCUGGGUGGAAUUACGGAAACCAAGUGCAACCACCUGCCAAUCCCGUUCCCAGCUACGGACAGACCACUUACAACAUGAACCAGCCCCCUCCUGGCUACAUGCAGAAUGCACCCCCACAAACUGGGGUCAACCCAACACCACCACAGCUGCCACCAUCACAGCAGCAACUGCCACAACAGCAGCAGCAGCAGCAGCAGCCUCCACCGCCGCUACCCCCACCAGGGCCGGUACAGCCGCAGCCCUACAGCCAGCCCUAUAACCAGUACUCACAGCCUGCCCCGGUUCCCCCAGGUCCCCCGCCAAGUGGCAUGCCACCUCCACCCAUGAACGAACCCCCC